UAGUGCACGAAUUUGUAUUUUCCGUGUACUGAAGCGACGGUGUGCGAAACAGUAGUAGACGAUUGGACCAGUUCUCUCCACGGCAACACCCGGAAUAGUUGUGAGGACAACAUAUCCGAGCAAUAAUGGCUUCUCAGAGGAUUGCUGUGGUGACGGGGGCCAACAAAGGCAUUGGAUUUGGUAUAGUGAAAGAGCUGUGUGCCAAGUUUGAUGGUAUAGUUUAUCUGACGGCUCGUGAUGAAGGAAGGGGGAACGCUGCCGUUAAGGAGUUGAGCAAGGUAGCGGCAACUGAAUCAUUUGGAGAACAAGCAGAGAACACAAUAAGGGUGAAUUAUUUUGGCACACUUGCAGUAUGUCGAGCACUCUAUCCCCUUCUUCGGCCUCAUGCCAGGGUGUCAAUGGUGUCUAGCAGUUCCGGUCAUCUCUUGAGAAUCAAUGGAGAUGAACCUGCUGCAUCAGCUCUUAGGCAGAAGUUGUCAUCCUCAACACUUACUGAAGGAGAACUUAGUGAAUUAAUGAAUCAGUUCAUAAAAAAGGCUAAAGAUGGGACAUACAAGGAAGCUGGAUGGCCUAACAGUACCUAUGUAGUAAGCAAAGUGGGGGUAUCAGCUCUGACUCGUAUUCAGCAACGAGCCUUUGAUGUCGACUCUCGUCCUGAUUUGGUGGUGAACAGCUGUCAUCCUGGAUAUGUUGAUACAGACAUGACUUCUCACAAGGGUCCUCUUACCAUAGAACAGGGAGCAGUGUGCCCAUCAUAUUUGGCUCUCCUGCCACCUAACAUCAAGGAGCCCCGGGGAGCCUAUCUGUGGUACAACAAGCAAGUCGUUGAUUGGGUUAAUGGACCUACGCCAUCUUUUGUUUGAACCAUAUGCAAACAAAUUUUGUUACUUUCUAUCAGCACAGGUUAAAGAAUGGUUCAUAUACAUUUAGCGUGAAUACUAAAAGCUGUUUUGUCUUUUUAUAAACUCAAGAUUAUAGUUUAUUAUUUAGUAGAGACUUCUGCAAUUUAUUAAUUGGUCAUAUAUAAUCUGAGCUUUUGGCAACUGAUUUACUAUAGUACAGAUUGAUUCAUGUCAUUGGCUUCAGCCUUAUGAUUUGCAUCUCAUUAAUGUUUGUAUUAUGAAAGUCCAGUAUCUUUGUUGUAGGGGCCCUCUGUAUUUCUAUUAAUUUAUUUGUAUCUUGUCAGUUACAGUAUAUGCUUAUACUCCUGGGAUCAGGCACUGCAUUGUAUUAUGUUAUAACCUAUUACUAUUUUUUUAAUUGGAAUUUGUUCUGCUUAAAAUAUGUUUUUAUGUGGAUACAGAUAUUUGUUUUCUGUUAAAUCCAAACAACCAUAUAAUGUAAUAACCUGCUUUAAUAA